GGAGGCGGGCGUGCGGCGGAGCCGCGUCCCUUCAGAGGGGCGCUGGCGCGGGGCUGAGCCGCCCGGGAUCAGCGCGAGCACCCAGCCCGCCUCGGCCGGGAGGGCAGCGCGGCACGGCGGGGCGAUGAGCGGCGCCCGGGGCGAGGGCCCGGAGGCAGGCGCCGGCGAGGCUGGGGGCCGCGCGGCGCCUGAGAACCCUAGGGGCGUGCUGAGCGUGGAGCUGCCCGGGCUGCUGGCGCAGCUGGCGCGGAGCUUCGCGCUGCUGCUGCCCGUGUAUGCGCUGGGCUACCUGGGGCUCAGCUUCAGCUGGGUUCUCCUCGCGCUGGCGCUGCUCGCCUGGUGUCGCCGCAGCCGCGGCCUCAAGGCCCUGCGCCUGUGCCGCGCGUUGGCGCUGCUGGAAGACGAGGAGCGCGCCGUGCGCCUGGGGGUGCGCGCCUGCGACCUGCCUGCCUGGGUUCAUUUUCCAGACACUGAAAGAGCAGAAUGGCUAAAUAAGACUGUAAAACACAUGUGGCCUUUCAUUUGCCAAUUUAUAGAGAAGUUGUUUCGAGAAACUGUAGAACCAGCCGUGCGGGGAGCAAACACCCACCUUAGCACCUUUAGUUUCACAAAGGUCGACGUGGGCCAGCAGCCCCUCAGGAUCAAUGGUGUUAAGGUAUACACUGAAAAUGUAGACAAAAGGCAAAUUAUUUUGGACCUUCAGAUUAGUUUUGUAGGAAAUUGUGAGAUUGAUUUGGAGAUCAAACGAUAUUUUUGUAGAGCUGGUGUGAAAAGUAUCCAGAUUCAUGGCACCAUGCGGGUGAUCCUGGAACCGUUGAUUGGAGAUAUGCCCUUAGUUGGAGCUUUGUCUAUCUUCUUCCUUAGGAAACCACUUUUAGAAAUUAACUGGACAGGACUGACGAAUCUUCUGGAUAUCCCUGGAUUGAAUGGUUUAUCAGAUACUAUCAUUUUGGAUAUAAUAUCAAACUAUCUGGUGCUUCCCAAUCGAAUCACCGUUCCACUUGUCAGUGAAGUUCAAAUAGCUCAGUUGCGGUUUCCUGUACCAAAGGGUGUUCUAAGGAUACAUUUUAUUGAAGCUCAGGAUCUUCAGGGGAAAGACACUUACCUUAAGGGACUUGUCAAGGGAAAGUCAGACCCCUAUGGAAUCAUUAGAGUUGGCAACCAAAUCUUCCAAAGCAGAGUCAUCAAGGAGAACCUCAGUCCAAAGUGGAAUGAAGUCUAUGAGGCUUUAGUGUAUGAACAUCCUGGACAAGAAUUAGAGAUUGAGCUCUUCGAUGAAGACCCAGACAAGGAUGACUUUUUAGGAAGUCUUAUGAUUGACCUCAUUGAAGUUGAAAAGGAGCGCCUUUUAGAUGAAUGGUUCACUCUGGACGAGGUUCCCAAGGGGAAGCUACACUUGAGACUGGAGUGGCUCACGUUAAUGCCAAAUGCGUCAAACCUCGAUAAGGUGCUAACAGACAUCAAAGCUGACAAAGACCAAGCCAACGAUGGUCUUUCUUCUGCAUUGCUGAUCUUGUACUUGGAUUCAGCAAGGAACCUUCCGAGUAACCCAUUAGAAUUUAACCCCGAUGUCUUGAAGAAGACUGCAGUUCAGAGAGCUUUAAAGUCAGGGAAGAAAAUAAGCAGCAACCCAAAUCCUGUUGUCCAGAUGUCAGUUGGGCACAAGGCCCAGGAGAGCAAGAUUCGAUACAAAACCAAUGAACCUGUGUGGGAGGAAAACUUCACUUUCUUCAUUCACAAUCCCAAGCGCCAGGACCUUGAAGUUGAGGUCAGAGAUGAGCAGCACCAGUGUUCCCUGGGGAACCUGAAGGUCCCCCUCAGCCAGCUGCUCACCAGUGAGGACAUGACCGUGAGCCAGCGCUUCCAGCUCAGUAACUCGGGUCCAAACAGCACCAUCAAGAUGAAGAUUGCACUGCGGGUACUCCAUCUCGAAAAGCGAGAAAGGCCUCCAGAUCACCAACACUCAGCUCAAGUCAAACGUCCCUCUGUGUCCAAAGAGGGGAGGAAAACAUCCAUCAAAUCUCAUAUGUCUGGGUCUCCAGGCCCUGGCGGCAGCAACACAGCUCCAUCCACACCAGUCAUUGGGGGCAGUGAUAAGGCUGGUAUGGAAGAAAAGGCCCAGCCCCCUGAGGCUGGCCCUCAGGGGCUGCACGACCUGGGCAGAAGCUCCUCCAGCCUCCUGGCCUCCCCAGGCCAUAUCUUGGUCAAGGAGCCCACCCCCAGCAUCGCCUCGGACAUCUCACUGCCCAUUGCCACCCAGGAGCUGCGGCAAAGGCUGAGGCAGCUGGAAAACGGGACGACCCUGGGACAGUCUCCACUGGGGCAGAUCCAGCUGACCAUCCGGCACAGCUCGCAGAGAAACAAGCUUAUCGUGGUCGUGCAUGCCUGCAGAAACCUCAUUGCCUUCUCUGAAGACGGCUCUGACCCCUAUGUCCGCGUGUAUUUAUUACCAGACAAGAGGCGAUCAGGAAGGAGGAAAACCCACGUGUCAAAGAAAACAUUAAAUCCAGUGUUUGACCAAAGCUUUGAUUUCAGUGUUUCGUUACCAGAGGUGCAGAGGAGAACACUCGACGUUGCCGUGAAGAACAGCGGCGGCUUCCUGUCCAAAGACAAAGGGCUCCUUGGCAAAGUGUUGGUUGCUCUGGCAUCUGAAGAACUUGCCAAAGGCUGGACCCAGUGGUAUGACCUCACGGAAGACGGGACGAGGCCUCAGGCGAUGACAUAGCCGCACCAGGCAGGAGGGGUGCUCUUCAGCGUAGCUCUCCACCUCUACCCAGAACACACCCUCUCACAGACGUACCAAUGUUAUUUUUAUAAUUUCAUGGAUUUAGUUAUACAUACCUUAAAAGUUUUAUAAAAUUGUUGACAUUUUAGGCAAAUUUGGCCAAUAUUAUCAUUAAAUUUUCUAUGUUGGAUUUCCUCUAGGAUUUCGCCAGUUCCUACAACGUGCAAUAGGGUAGCAGUAGCUCUUGUGUCUGUGGACUCUGCUCAGCUGUGUCCGUAGGAGUCGGAUGUGUCUGUGCUUUAUUAUGGCCUUGUUUAUAUAUCACUGAGGUAUACUAUGCCAUGUAAAUAGACUCUAUUUUUUAUAAUCUUUACAUGCUGGUUUAAAUUCAGAAGGAAAUAGAUCAAGGAAAUAUAUAUAUUUUCUUCUAAAACUUAUUAAAUUCUUGUGACAAAUAAUCAUUUUCAUCUUUGCAGCAAAAAGUUCUCAGUGACCUAUUUUGUGGUGUUUCUUUUUGAAAAGAAAAGCUGAAAGAUUAUUAAAUGUUAGUAUGUUUCUGCCCAUUAUGAAAGAUGAAAUAAAGUAUUCAAAAUAUUAACAUUUUCAUAAAUAUAAGGAUGUAUUAUUGAGAAGUAAGUUGAAGGGCUUAUAAGGAAAAAUGUUCUAUAACUGAGUAAUAUAAGAUAUUAAGAGAAUUGUCAUGGUUCAUAAAUCACAUUGUACUAAUCUGAAAUUUCUUACAUAAAAAUGAAAUGUCUUAUGUUCAUUUUAAUUGCUGUUGUAACUUACUCAUGAAACAGUAUACAGACACCUUGUACUUUUCCUAAACUGUAAGAACAGACUUUCAAUGUUAGCAAUUAAGCUGUUGUCAAAUAAUCAGUCAUGAGCUUUGUUAAUUUUCAAUGUUUUCCCAGCCUAUAAAAAAAGGAAGGUACACGUUGUCCUUUUAAAGGUUGUGAGGUAGAUUGGGAUGAGUAGACAGGAUAUUGCAUUAAAAAUUGAAAGCUCGAUCUCAUUAUCAUCAGGAACCCCCAGCGUGACCUCACACAUAGGAUGUGGGACCUUUGAGCCGAUGUGCACUGGCCGCCACCAGGGUUGGGGGCACCACAGCUGCGAGCCCGGCCCCUGCUGUUCUCAGCAGCCACUUCCCAGGCUGCCUCACUUUAUGCCAUGACUAACCUUAAUAUUGGGAUAUUGUUAUGCAAUUUUUAUUUUGUUUAGACUAUUAAAAGCAGGUUUCUGUACUUAAGAGUCCCCCAGACCUCCUGUGAGGUGAGGCUCUGUUGCAGUGUCAUAGGCUGUGUGUGUCUAAAGAAAGAAUGCAUGUAUGUAGACGAUUAAGUGUAUAUUAUAAGCUGUAUGCUGAAAAUGGCUUCCAUAGCCAUGAGAACAUCUUAAAACUAUGUAUAAAUAUAUUAAGGAAAGUAUAGCUUUGUAAUUUAAAUUGGAGCUCUUAGCUUGUUUCAUGGAACUACACAACUUGUGGGUAACUCACGUGACCAAACAAACCAAAGUGCCUGUGACGGGGCGGGUGGCGUCUACCCACCCUCCGUUCUAGCAGAUUCUUAUUUUGUUUGAAUUUAUAAACGAGGCUGGUGGCUGUCUACCCACCCUCCCUUCUAGCACAUUUUUAUUUUGUUUCAAUUUACAAAGGAGGCUGGUGGCUGUCUACCCACCCGGCCUUCUAGCAGAUUUUGAUUUUGUUUAAAUUAUAAACGAGGCCCGUGGCUGUCUACCUACCCUCCCUUCUAGCAGAUUUUGAUUUUGUUUCAAUUUAUAACUUACACUUUGAACCAUGGGUUUACUUAUAAUGGAGUCUGUAGCUUCACAGCAUAUUUCAUGUAAUCAUAAAGACCAGUAUAUUCUCUCCUGCUGAAUGGCAUGUGACUGUAAAGCCUCUUUAUAAACCAUUUCCGAUGGUAGUAAUAUAGGAUUAUUUGGGAAGCGUAUCAAUACCUUUAUAGACACAUAUGAAUGUGUAUGCACACAAAACAUUUAACUAUGGUAUUUAUGGAAGACAGGUAACAACAUUAAAUCUAGUUGCUUUCCCAUAGUAUUAGAUUUGUUGAGGGUUUUUUAAAAAUCAGGUCUGUUGAAAGUCUUCUGUCAUUAUCUAUAAAGCAGCAGCACUCAUGGAAAUUGUAGCAUGCCAGUAAUUUUUACCAACAUCCCACACCUCUGAGUUCUGCAGUCCAGUGUGUAAUCCGCUCCAUGUGUAUUUUGCUUAAUGGAAUGCUUUAUUUAAGCACUUAGGCAGAGUAGACACAAUUAAAGGUACAAAGCCCAGAGGAAGUGGUUGAGCAGCACCGUGCCUGCCCUGAGGCAGUGGAGUCCAUAGCGCUGUCUCCAGGGCCUUGAGUGCCUGGAAGUUCUUGGCCUCCAGUAGCCGUCUCCAUUCUCUUUUAAAAAAGGUGGUGAUUCUGAGGCACUGAAGUACCUCCCAGAUGUGGAGAAGUGAAGCCACCAUCGAGGCCACACUCAGCACUCCAGGAUCCCAGCGAUGUCAGACGCUCUUGAGUUCUCAAAAUGUUAAUUUUCAGUUUUAAAUAAUCAGUUUAUCUAAGAAAAGGGAAUUUUAACUUUUCUACCUUGAGCCAAGCCAAUGAAGGGAAAAUUAAUUAACUUAGUAAAUUUGAAGUGCAGCUCUGUUAGCUCGUACAUGUGGGUUCUUAUCCUGAUCCUGUGCCUUAAAGUAGGAAGGUGUUACCAAGUUCAGAUUAAAAUAGAAGCAGCUGGCCGGGUGCGGUGGCUUAUGCCUGUAAUCCCAGCACUUUGGGAGGCCAAGGCGGGCGGAUAACCUGAGGUCAGGAGUUCAAGACCAGUCUGGCCAACGUGGAGAAACCCCGUCUUUACUAAAAAUACAAAAAUUAGCCGGGCGUGGUGGUGGAGCGCACGCCUGUAGUCCCAGCUACUAUUCAGGAGGCUGAGGCAGGAGAAUCGCUUGAACCCAGGAGGCGGAGGUUGCAGUGAGCCAAGAUCGCACCACUGCACUCCAGCCUGGGCGACAGAGUGAGACUCCGUCUCAAAAAAUAAAUAAAAUAGAAGCAGCCUUGUAACUGUAUUUACCAUGAUAAUAUAUUCUGCACAGUAAGAAUUCCUUUUACAGACAUUCUUUAUCAAGAGGUCGGCUCUUCUUUUUCAGGCACGUAAGCCAAAUGCAGGCCUCUGUGUAGCUGUGUGUUUUUUCUGUGGUUGCUGCAUUUAUUCCACCUCCAGCUGGACCCCCCACUGCAAAUAGAGAACGGUGGGGGGUGGGGGUUAAAAAGUAGAGAAUGUCCUUUCUGUUCAACUAAUUUCACAUGACAGUGCAUGUAUUCAAUAAAACUUUUAUGUUAGCUCA